AUGCUUUCAGCUCCAGAUUGGGUCAACCGCUUCUACUCCAAAUUCCCGCUCGUUGUCCUUGAGCCGGAGGACUCGUUGGACUGGAAGAAUGCCACGCCGGCUGGCAGGGGAAAAGAUUAUACGCUCUGGGUCCAUGGAGGAAAGCCCAGCACCGCGAACGAUGCCAAACACGCUUGGGCGUCACCCGAUCCGGCCUCUCUUCAUGCACAGCUACUCUUGUUGCUGAGAGGCAUUCCGGUCAACAUGAGGAUUUGGACCAACGAAACUGCAGUACCCGGGGGUGCCUUGCCGACGUUACAUCUCACCUCUGGAAAUCGAUUGGUCCCUCACCAUGAUAUACGAACUUGGCUCGACGGCACACAUAAGCUGUCGAGGGACGCAGAGCUGCACGGAAUGCCUUCCCAGGCUGCAUUCGAUGGUGCCGUGGCUCUCGCAAAGCUGGUACUCGGGAGGAUCAAGCCGGCACUUCUCUUGUCUGCAAGCGUGUCAACCUCGGAAAACGUCGUCCUUCUGGCCGCUGAGCCGCCCUCAUUGAGUGCUGGGUUGGCUACACCUCUGCCAGCGUCCUUAACGGGGGACGCACGUUGCUUUCAGGAAUCGACCUUGAUCGAUCGAGGAGUUGAGGCACUGUCGGCCUUGGCAUCUAAGGUCGAUCCCAAGCAUUGGGCUCUGGGAGCCGCCGCGCCGACACCGCUCGAUGCUCUAAUUACGGCCUAUGUGCACCCCAUCUAUUUGCUCCCCAACGGUUCACCCCUGAAGAAUGCUUUACUCUCAAUGCCGCAGUUGGAAAGUUACGUGGGGCGAGUCAUGGAUGCCGCGGGCGAGCAGGCUUGUUGA